CUCUGUUAGGUUUUCCGGUUGAUGUUUGUGCAAUUGUGCAAGGCUUGGUCAGGCCGGUGUAAAAACUAUGUGCAAUUUUGGUGAGUUAACAUUAUCUCCUACCCAAUCCCGUACUUGCUAACGGGUUUUGGUCUUUGGUUCGUGCAAUUGUGUUUCCAAAAAGUUCCUCUUCAAAUCAGAUUCAACCAAAUCAGUGAGUGAUUUAGUUAAAAGUUCAAGUAUUUGGUACACUGAUUGACGGUUCAGAUUAACCCAUCUGAAGAGAAAAGCUGACAUCUUAUCAAAUUUCAUUGUUAGGUCCAUAUCUUUAACUCUACUCCACACUCUCUCUAUAAACAAGUCAAGAUCUUAAAUUUCUUCUGAUUUUGAUCUAGACGAUCAAAACCCAGACUUAAAACAUCUUAAACUGGAGAAAUUUCCAAAAGGAUUUUCACAAUGGGUCGUUUAUCUUGGCCUUCUGAAGCAGAGUUGGAUGAUGUAAAGAAGAUGGUUGCUAACGUAAGUGGAAGAGGCGUUGAAGAAGUUAAGGUUGUUGUCUCUCCUUAUAGAAUUUGUCCACUGGGAGCCCAUAUUGAUCAUCAGGGAGGAGCAGUUUCAGCUAUGACGAUAAAUAAAGGAAUACUCUUGGGGUUUGUUGCUUCCGAAAGUCAACAGGUCCUCCUUCGGUCAGGACAAUUUCAAGGUGAAGUCAGAUUUAGAAUAGAUGAAAUACAGCACCCUAGGCCUGUUAAUUGUAAGAAUGGUGAGGACCAUACCAGUAAUGGAACUACAAUUCAUGAAGAAUGUCAGUGGGGAAAUUAUGCAAGAGGAGCAUCGUAUGCAUUGCAAAGAGCAGGAAACCUCUUAAAGCAGGGCAUCGUAGGAUACAUUUGUGGUUCUGAGGGACUCGAUAGUUCUGGUCUAAGCUCCUCAGCUGCAGUUGGAAUUGCUUAUCUGUUGGCUUUUGAAUGUGCAAAUAAUUUAAAAGUGUCUCCCACAGAAAAUAUUGAAUUGGAUCGGCUAAUUGAAAAUGAAUAUUUAGGUUUGAAAAAUGGUAUUUUGGACCCAUCAGCCAUAUUGCUCUCCCGCUAUGGUUGCCUAACUUACAUGAAUUGCAAGACGAAGGAACACAAGCUCGUAAAAUCUCCAAAGUUGCAGGAGAACCAAUCAAAAGAGGAGCACAGAGAGUAUAAAAUAUUAUUAGCAUUUUCAGGAUUGAAGCAGGCUUUGACCAGUAAUCCUGGAUACAAUCGCCGUGUUUCUGAGUGCCAAGAAGCAGCUAAAGCUCUUUUGAGUGCUUCGGGGAAUAACCUAAUGGAGCCUGUUCUUUGCAACGUUGAACCAGAAGCAUAUGAAGCUCACAAGGACAAAUUAGAGACAAAUCUAGCUAGAAGAGCAGAACAUUAUUUCUCAGAAAAUGUGAGAGUUACUAAAGGGCUUGAAGCAUGGUCUUCUGGUAAAGUUGAAGAAUUUGGGAAGCUUAUUUCAGCCUCGGGUCUGAGUUCCAUUCAGAACUAUGAGUGUGGCUGUGAACCACUGAUACAACUUUACGAGGUACUUCUGAAGACUCCCGGGGUGUUUGGAGCUCGGUUUAGUGGUGCAGGAUUUAGGGGGUGUUGUCUUGCAUUUGUUGAUGCCAAUCAUGCAGCGGAAGCUGCUUCAUUUGUCAAAGAUGAGUAUCAGAAGCUCCAACCCAAGUUGGCGAAUCAACUCAACCAAGAAACAGCAGUGUUGAUUUGCGAAGCAGGGGACUGUGCUCAUGUCAUCUAGCACAGAUGUCUAAACAUAUAUUUCUCAACCCAUGUAAGUAUUAUUCGGUCAUUAUGUACCACUUGAAAUAUAAAUUUUGAUUCAGUUAUUCUUUUGCAUCAUAGCUCAAAGUGAUGGUUGUAGAAUCGAUGACCCUGCACUUGUUUUCUUAUUGUAAUAAUAAUGUCGAUACUUAGUGAAAACACACGCCUUUUUGUGCAUUUUCUUUUAAGUAAUAAAAUCUACUUUCCAUGUAA